GCCUCUUUGAGAAAUCAAAAACCCUAAAAAAAUGGCUGUUAUUGAAAAGCUUCAAAAAAGAGUCAAAAGGACUCCAAAAGAUGUUGCCAUCAUCUUUGGAGUAACCGGUCUAGUUGGAAAGCAGCUUCUUGAGAAGCUACUUUCAAGAUCCAAAUGGAAAGUUUACGGUGUGGCGAGGCGGCCGGAGACGGUGACAAGUGUUAAAAAACCGGUUCACACAAACCCUAAUUACCAUUUCAUUUCAUGCAACCUUGUUGACCCUUUUGAAACCCAAAUCAAACUCUCUCAUUUGCAUGAUGUGACCCAUGUGUUUUGGGUAACAUGGGCUAGUGAGUUUCCACUAGAUAGCAUUGAAUGUUAUGAGCAAAACAAAGCCAUGAUGUCCAAUGCAAUGGACUCAAUCCUACCAGGAGCCAAGGGUUUGAAGCACUUCUCUCUUCAAACUGGGACCAAACACUAUGUGUCUUUACAAGGUGGUUCAUUGGACCAUCUUGUCAAAAGGGUUUGUUACUAUGAUGAGAAUUGUCCAAGAGUUGAAACACCAAUAGGGUAUAACUUCUACUAUGGUCUUGAAGAUCUCCUUAAGGAGAGACUAGCGGGUGCGGUCCCAUGGUCAGUUCACCGGCCUGGUUUGAUCAUAGGAAGUUCGAGAAAAACCGUGUAUAACUUCAUGGGAAGCUUAUGCGUAUAUGGGACCAUUUGUAAGUAUUUGAACCUCCCCUUUGUUUUUGGUGGAAGAAAAGAGUGUUGGGAAGAACAAUUUGUUGAUGUCUCGGACGCUAGGCUUGUGGCCAAACAACAAAUAUGGGCAGCCACAAACGAUUCGGUUCAAUCAACUAACGGGCAAGCGUUUAAUUCAAUAAACGGGGAUGGUUCAACUUGGAAGGAUAUAUGGGGGGCGAUUGGGGAUAAGUUUGGAGCGAUCGUGCCUUUGAAAAUGUUGUCCGAGGAGUUUACUUUCGCAGGGUCUAUGAGCGAUAAGGGGGGUGUUUGGAAAGAGAUAGUGAAGAAAGAGGGUUUGGUCGAGACCGAAAUGGAGGAUUUGGCGAAUUGGUAUUUCUUGGACGCGUUGUUUCGUUGCCCGGUUAAGAUGCUUGGAACAAGAGAGAAAGCAGAUAGGCUUGGGUUCACAAAGAGGUAUCUAGCACUUGAUUCGAUAUCACAUUGGAUUGAUGUUUUGAGACAAGAAAAACUAAUUCCAUGAAAAUGUGAUAAGAAUGUAGGGUGUGAAUAUAAAUAAACGAUAGUUAUGGGGUUGUAAAUGUAAAAUUUCCCCAGUUUAUUUGGAAGAAAAUGUGGUGUACCACUCGUUUAAUAGAGUUUUGACUUCUCUUUUGUUUUUUUUAAUAAUCUUGUACCCCUUUUAAUGGACAUAUGAUAUAGAUGAAAUAUUUAACUCCAA